GUGUUAUGUGAUGCGUGGUAUUUUCCCCUCUGCAGCCCCCACGCAGGGUCAGUCCACCCGCAGACAACACAGACUUCACAUCAGUGAACUUGGGCUCCGACUAAUUCCUGCUUUACACAAACACUGACAGAUAAUAUAGUACCCCCCAUUCCUCAGGAAAAGGUCAGCGCUUUUCUCCAGCUCAGUAAACUGCCCCCUCCUUAUACGCGUAUAGUUGCAAUGGCGGAGCGAGUGCUGGUGGUCGGAGGUGGCGGACGGGAGCACGCGCUGGCCUGGAAGUUGGCCCAGUCGCCCCAGGUUCAGCAGGUUCUUGUGGUUCCGGGUAACGCAGGAACGGCCAACUGUGGGAAGAUCAGCAACUCUGAGGUCUCUGUGAGUAACCAUGCCAUCCUGGCUCAGUUCUGUAAGGACCACCAUGUUGGUUUGGUUGUAGUUGGACCUGAAGCUCCUCUGGCAGCAGGUAUGGUGGACGACCUGACGGCUGCAGGGGUGGCGUGUUUUGGACCCUCUGCUAAAGCGGCUCAGCUGGAGGCCAGUAAGAGCUUCUCAAAGGCCUUCAUGGAGCGUCACGGCAUCCCUACAGCUCGUUACGGCUCCUUUACAGACCCACAGGAGGCCUGCAGCUACAUCCGCAGUGCCAAUUUCCCAGCUCUGGUGGUGAAGGCCAGCGGUCUGGCAGCGGGGAAAGGAGUAAUCGUCGCUGGAGAUCAGGAGGAAGCCUGCCAGGCCGUCAUGGACAUCAUGAAGGACAGAGCCUUUGGGUCCGCAGGAGAAACAGUGGUGGUUGAGGAGCUUCUGGAAGGAGAGGAGGUGUCGUGUUUGUGCUUUAGCGACGGAACCUCGGUGGCGCCAAUGCCUCCCGCUCAGGAUCACAAACGCCUUCAUGAUGGAGACCAGGGGCCAAACACGGGCGGAAUGGGAGCCUACUGCCCCACCCCGCAAGUGAGUCAGGAGCUGCUGCAGCAGAUCAGAGAGACGAUCCUGCAGAAGACUGUGGAUGGAAUGAGAGAGGAAGGAACUCCUUAUAAGGGUGUUCUGUACGCAGGUCUGAUGCUGACCAAGCAGGGGCCGAAGGUCCUGGAGUUUAACUGUCGCUUCGGAGACCCAGAAUGCCAGGUUCUGCUGCCUCUGCUGCAGAGCGACCUCUAUGAAGUGAUCAUGAACACCAUGAGCGGUAAACUGGCCUCCAACACCCCCGUGUGGCGGCAGGACAGCUCUGCGGUCACCGUGGUGAUGGCCAGUGCUGGAUACCCAGGUUCCUACAAGAAAGGAGUGGAGAUCACAGGUCUGUCCCAGGUGGAGGAUUUGGGUCUGCAGGUGUUCCACGCAGGCACCGCCCUGAAGGACGGGGGCGUUGUAUCGAGCGGAGGCAGAGUCUUGACCGUGACGGCGGUGAGGUCCACCUUAGAGGCCGCUCUGCAGGCGGCCAAUCAGGGUGUGGCAACCGUCGGCUUCCCAGGUGCCGUGUACAGGCGAGACAUCGCCCACCGGGCCAUCGCUCAUCUGAACCAGGGCAGGAGCCUCAGCUAUAAGGCCAGUGGAGUGGACAUCGCUGCUGGGAACCAGCUGGUGGAGAUGAUAAAGCCUCUGGCCAAAUCCACCUCCCGCCCCGGCUGUAACGCAGAACUGGGAGGCUUUGCUGGUCUGUUUGAUUUAAAAGCAGCAGGGUUUGUGGACCCGAUCCUGGUGUCAGGGACGGAUGGUGUUGGGACUAAGCUAAAGAUUGCUCAGGCUUGUGGACAGCAUUGCAGCCUUGGUCAGGAUUUGGUGGCCAUGUGUGUCAACGACGUGUUGGCUCAGGGUGCAGAGCCGCUGUUCUUCCUCGACUACUUCUCCUGUGGCUCCCUUAACGUGGAGGUUGCUGCCUCUGUGGUCGGCGGCAUCGCAAAGGCCUGUGAGAUGGCUGGCUGUGCCCUGCUGGGAGGCGAGACGGCAGAAAUGCCAGGCGUCUAUCCUCCAGGGGAGUACGACCUGGCUGGUUUCUGUGUGGGCGCCACAGAGCGGGGCACCCUGCUGCCGCGGCUGGACGACGUGGCGGAGGGGGAUCUGCUGAUCGGAGUGGCCUCCUCUGGGCUUCACAGCAACGGUUUCAGCCUGGUCCGCAAAGUUCUGGAGCGAGCCGCCUUGAGUUACAGCUCCCCUGCUCCGUUUGGUAAAGCGGGACAGACUGUCGGGGAGGUGUUGCUGACUCCUACUAAGAUCUACAGCCGCCUGCUGCUGCCGAUCCUCCGCAGCGGCGCCAUCAAAGCGUACGCACACAUCACUGGUGGGGGUCUCCUGGAAAACAUCCCCAGGGUGCUCCCUAAGCAGCUGGCUGUGGAGUUAGAUGCGUCCAAGUGGAGCAUCCCUGCAGUUUUCUCCUGGCUCCAUAAGGAAGGCCGUCUGAGCGAGGAGGAGAUGGCCCGCACCUUCAACUGCGGCCUGGGGGCGGUGCUGGUGGUGGCGCCGCCGGAUGCUCAGAGGGUCCUACGGCAGCUUCAGGGCCACGAAGAGGCCUGGAUUGUGGGUUCACUGGUCCACAAGCAACCUGGGGCGUCACCUGUGGUGGUUCGCAACCUGAAGCAGAGCCUGCUAAAUGCAUCUGCCGGCGGGCAACUGGAGGCAGAGGGUAGUGGUUGCCUUGGAAACAGCAUCACACCGUGUAAAAGGAUGAGAGUGGGGGUUCUCAUCUCUGGGACAGGCACAAACCUGCAGGCCCUGAUAGAGCGGGCCAGACGGCCUUCCAGCUCAGCAGAGAUUGUGGUGGUCAUCUCCAACAGGCCUGGGGUUCAGGGUCUGAAGAGGGCGUCUCUGGCUGGCAUCCAGACACGGGUGGUGGAUCAUAAGCUGUACGGGAGCCGAGCGGAGUUUGAUGGCACCAUCGACCGCGUGCUGGAGGAAUUUGGAGUGGAGCUGGUCUGUCUGGCUGGAUUCAUGAGGAUCCUAACUGGAACAUUUGUCAAGAAAUGGACCGGUAAACUGCUGAACAUCCACCCAUCCCUGCUGCCCUCAUUUAAAGGUGUGAAUGCCCAGAAACAGGCUCUGCAGGCGGGAGUGAGGCUGGCUGGAUGCACCGUUCACUUCGUGGCAGAGGAGGUGGAUGCAGGAGCCAUUAUUGUCCAGGAGGCGGUGCCAGUGGUGGUCGGAGACACAGAGGAGAGUCUGUCAGAACGAAUCAGGGAAGCAGAGCACCGAGCUUUCCCCGCCGCCAUGGAGCUGGUGGCCAGUGGAGCCGUGCAGCUGGGGGAGGACGGACAGGUUGUCUGGAAGCCACAGAGCUAAAGCAGGUUUAACCCUGAUGAUGUCGUUUAGCAGCGCGUCCUUCCUAAUUAGAUCUAAAAUAACUGGUAGAAACCGACACUGUCUCUAAACGUUACAUAAAGUAUUAAGAUCUGUGUGUUUUGUUUACAGUAGAACAUGAUGGAGGCUUGUUAAGAAAAAAAAAAACUACAUUCCAUUUAGAUUUGCACAGCAACAAAGCCUGAUUGGUUGGACUUGUGAUGAUGUCAGAGUAACUGCAUGAUUAAAAGUAUGUGGAAACAUUUUCAC